AGUUCAUGUUCUAACCAACAAAAAAAUUCGAGUCUCUCUAAGCCAAUUUCAGCAAAAAUUCAAACCAUCACAAACAUAGACAAGAGUUUUCAAGAAUCAAGAUUGUAUAUUAGAAAAUGAGUUCAACAAGCAGGGCAUGGGUUACAGCAGUGAGCUUGGGAGUGGUUGAGGCACUAAAAGAUCAAGGACUUUGUAGGUGGAAUUACACAAUCAGAGCCAUAAAUCAGCAUGUCAAGAACAAUAUAAGGUCAUAUUCACAAGCCAAGAAGCUCGCCUCCCAAUCUUCCCCUUUGGUUUCUACAAACAAAUUCGAAUUGAAGAAGCAAUCAGAGGAAUCUAUCAGAAAAGUCAUGUAUUUGAGCUGUUGGGGUCCCAAUUGAUCAAAUCCUAAUAGCAGAUUACAUUUAGUGUCAGUUUUUUAUUCCGUAGUUUUUGACAAUAUUGUAAAAAACAUAUUGAGAGUUUUGGCUAAAUUGCCUAGUCAACACUUGUGGAAAGGACAUUUCUGCAAUCCAAUUUUCUGGAAAUUAAUACUCAAUUGUGUAAUUUAAUUGCCAGUGCUCUUGAUCGAUUCCUUUUCA